CCUUCUUUGUGCUUAUGUGCAGGACUUUUCUCAUGUACAUACAUUCAAAGGUCAUGAGCAUAAAGUCAUGGCAGUAGUCUAUGUGGAUGAAGAACAACCAUUAUGCAUAAGUGGUGACAGUGGAGGUGGUAUAUUUGUAUGGAGCACUAGUUUCCCUCUUGGGCAAGAACCAAUAAAGAAAUGGAAUGAACCAAAGGAUUGGCGUUAUAGUGGUAUUCAUGCCUUGGCUAGUUUAGGGAAAUAUCUAUAUACUGGCAGUGGAGAUAAGACAAUUAAAGUGUGGUCAUUGCUGGAUGGUGCCCUAUCAUGCACUAUGAAUGGUCACAAAUCCGUAGUUUCUACACUAGCAGUAUGCAAUGGGGUUCUUUAUAGUGGGAGUUGGGAUGGAACCAUCCGAUUGUGGAGUCUAAGUGAUCAUAGUCUGUUGACGGUAUUGGAGGAAGUCAGUAUGGGGAAUGUAUACUCUGUCUUGUCUCUUACUGCCAAUCAGCAUACUAUUGUUGCAGCUCAUGAAAAUGGAUCUAUAAAGGUCUGGAGUAAUGAUGUGUUAAUGAAAUCCAUGCAAACACAUAAUGGUUCCAUCCUGUCUAUUUGCAUGGAGGGGAAAUGGCUGUUUACAGGAGGCUGGGACAAGACUGUCAGUGUGCAGGAACUAAUGGUGAAUGAGUUUCACGUGGAUGCCAUACCUAUUGGUUCAAUAUCCUGUGGUUCUGUCAUAACAGCUUUGUUUUACUGGCAAGGAAAGCUUUUUGUUGGAUAUGCUGACCGAACUGUUAAGGUAUAUUAUUACGGAAAGUGAUCAGACUCUUCACAUAUUAAGCUGCUUUUGGUUGCUCUAUAUUUGUAAAGCUCAGCUAUCCAUCCUUAACUUCUGGGAACUUUGUGGGAAGUAAUUGAAAACACAGAUGGAGUACCAGGAUAAUUAUGAAUAGGAUUAUGGAUCCCUGACAAAGGAUGGGAGAUUUUUAGUAUUCUGGUGGUUUCCUCCUUGGUAAACUUUGUAGAACAAUAAUACAUGGACAUUUGUGUAAAGAAUAUAAAUAAGGAAAGGAAAUAUACUAAAACUGGAAGGCGUUCUUUCUGUAGAGAACAUUGUACAGAUAAUGGUCAUGUAUAUAAGUUCAUGUAAAAUACAUGAUUGACGA